UUAUGUCGGCCGCAAAUACACAACAUUGGGCUGAGGAGGCGAUUCAGGCGAAGACCCCCACGGGCUGAAUGUCACAUAUGUGUCACGGAUAGCGGCGGUGUUUUCUCUCUGUCAAAUUUGGGAUUUACGCCACAGUGAAGCAAUCCCCGAGAGGAAUUCGUCUGCUGUAAAGAUAGAUCGACAUUGGAGAAGGUCAAGGCGAGAGAGCCGAGAUAAGUGCUUGUGAAAGAGGAGGAGCUGGAAUAGCGAAGGAAAGGGGGAGAUUUAACAGAAAAUAAAGGAAGGGAAAGAAGAAGAUAAGAUAGGAAAAUAAGAGAAAGAGCGUCAGACAAAAUAAACAUCGUGAUUAAAGACCCGAGUUUCUUACGCCACUGCCCGCAAUCUGAGUUUUCUUCACUGGUUGGACUUGAAGAGAGUGUAAUGCCUAUCUUGGUUCUGGCUACAAGGUUGGAGCAAAUGCUGGUAUUGUAGGGAUGACGAAAGAGCACCUAGGUCUUGCCUUGGCCCUCAAUGUGCCUGUGUUUGUUGUAGUAACCAAGAUUGAUAUGUGUCCCCCUAAUGUUCUACAAGACACUCUCAAAUUGCUUCACAAAAUUCUCAAAAGUGUUGGAUGUCGAAAGGUUCCGCUUUUGGUUCGAAAUGCAGAGGAUGUAGUCGUUUCAGCUACUAAUUUUGUUUCAGAGAGAUUAUGUCCCAUCUUCCAAGUGUCAAAUGUGAAUGGAGAGAACUUGGAUCUUUUGACAAUGUUUUUGAAUCUCCUGUCCUCAAGAACUCCACAGAAUGAUAAUGAGCCUGCACAGUUCCAAAUUGAUGACACCUACCAAGUGCCUGGUGUAGGUGUUGUGGUAUCUGGGACAUGCAUGAAAGGUGUUAUUCGGGUUAAUGACACACUCCUCCUUGGGCCCAACGGCUUAGGGGAUUUUAUUCCCAUGCCAAUAAAGUCCAUUCACCGUAAGCGCAUGCCAGUGCGUGAGGUGCGAGGGGGACAAACUGCAUCAUUUGCACUUAAGAAGAUCAAGAUUGGUGAGGUUCGGAAAGGACAAGUGUUGGUUGAUCCAUCUCUGAAUCCUACUUCCUGCUGGGAGUUUAAGGGGGAAAUUUUGGUGCUUCACCAUCCAACAACAAUCAGCACCAAAUAUCAAGCAAUGGUUCACGUUGGCUCUGUCAGGCAGACUGCCUCAAUCAUUGCCAUGGACAAGGAAUGUUUAAGAACUGGAGAUAAAGCUGUUGUUCACUUUAGAUUUAUUAAACAUCCAGAAUACCUGAAGAAUAAUCUAAAAAUGGUGUUCCGUGAAGGUCGUACGAAAGCUGUGGGGAGAGUGCUGGAGGUCAUACCAAAGAUGGCAUCUCUACAGAACCAAAAGAACAAUCACAAGAUCAUGAAAAUGGUUAAACAG